AUGGGCCCGGAUAGAUUUGUGCCUCAACGGGAUAGUGACAAGUCGAGCAAGCAGGUGUACCAGACUACAAAGGCCCUCCAGGAUCUCUCGCCUGCUGAGAAGCUAUUGAGAAGAAAGGGGGCCUCUUCGGCUCCGUACUCAACACCUCAGCGCUCUCCAACACGUGCGCCGGACAAUGCCCGCAUGGCACGAGUUGGCCAUGCUCGCAGCCAAGUGAGGAGCGUGGUACCAUCGAAUAGUCCCUCGGGCGCCAGACAACCCAGCCAGGGAAAUGUAUGGAUGGUCGGCGGUGUGGCACCCGGAACACCCGAGAUGGACCGCAACCAUCGUCGAAACCCUCGAGGCGUGACACCGGCUCGCCUCUUUACCAUGUCUGUGGGUACGAUGAGACCCAGCCGCCGCGAUGACUUGCAAUUCUACCAUGGCCGCGUUGCAUCUGCCCUCAAGAUUGACCGUGUUCGCCGCGUACUGGAGUUUACCUGUAGCAGAUCUACAACCCCUGAUUCUCCGAUUCGGGCAAUGCCCUUGCUUGCAGACCUGGAGCAUGGUUCAUGGGCCCAGAGUACUGAUGACGACGAUCUACGUGCACCCCUCGGCGAUGGCAAUGCAUUGCCAAGGCGCUCUCUCCCUACAGCUCCUUUCAGAGUCCUCGAUGCCCCCGAUCUGCGCGAUGAUUUCUACUGCUCUGUUCUAGCAUAUUCGCCCAGCUGCCAGAAGCUUGCAGUUGGCCUAGGAAACGUUUUGUACAUCUGGUCUAAGGGGUCAGGGCCUCGGGCUAUGCAUGGAUCUGCUGCGUCCCAUGUGUGGCUAACGUCGGUUGCUUUCUCGUCCGUCCAAGGAGGGAAAUGCAUCCUAGCCAUAGGACGUUCAGACGGAACGUUGGUGCUCAAGUCUACUUAUGACGGCCUUCCGCGCUUCCAGGUGCAACAGCCCUUUCCGGUGUCUUGCGUGAGUUGGCGCCCGAUAACGACCCUGAGACCCUCCAGAAACCCAUUCAACCCAGGAAUCACCGUGCAGACUGAGGACUUGAUCAUUGGCGAUGAUACUGGCGUGGUGUACUACUAUGCGGUCGAGUGGCCCAUGGGCUGGGAGGUCACACGAGACACAUGGCCGGGAAGUAUAUAUCUCAUCGCCAAGGUUUCACUACACACUCAGCAGAUAUGUGGCUUGUCAUGGUCGCCCAACGGGAAACUCUUCGCAACCGGGGGAAAUGAUAACUUGUGCUGCCUCUUCGAUGCAGACAGCGUGCUUGCCGAGAAGCAAGAGUCUGUCCAACUCAAACCGCACUGGCCGGGAUGGCAUUUGGCCACUGCAAGCACCCAGGAGGAAGAUGCAACCGACGCCCGACCUGCAAGGCCAUCGUCCACAGCGAUUCGGAGACUGGGCCCUGGGGCUGAGAAGCAUCGUUGGAUACACAAAGCCGCAGUCAAGGCCAUCGCCUUCUGCCCGUGGCGUGAAGGACUGGUUGCAACUGGUGGUAGGUCCAACGACAAAUGCAUCCACUUCUACCAUACAAGUUCAGGCGCAGCUUUGGCCACAAUAGCGGUCUCAGCUCAGGUGACGUCUCUCAUCUGGUCAUCGACGAGACGUGAGAUUGCUGCUACCUUUGGGUACACAGAACCGGAGCAUCCUUACCGGAUCGCCAUCUUCAGCUGGCCCGAAUGCAAGCAAACAAAGGGAGCGAACCACGAUCAGAAGAAUCGCGAGGGCUGCAUUGUCGUAGCGUCGAGUGACAGGAGCGUCAAGUUCCACGAGAUUUGGUGCAACGAAGGCAAGAUCCUGGGAAGGGGGAAGGGCAUGUUAGGGGGUAGUGGUAUCCUCGACAGCCUUGAGGGUAUCGACAACGAGGGGGAUGUGAUUCGCUGA